AUGUUAAGAAUUAGUAACAUCCGGGGAUCUGUAUUGCAGUUUGUUGGAAGUCAAAGACCACCUUCCUCAAUUCGAAUUCGAUUACAUAAUGUGGCUGCUUUCCAUUCUAGUGCUCAAUUGAAGAAUACUGCAUCUAAUGAUAAGCAACGAGAAGAAUUGGUUGAAAAGCAAUUAGAAAAGAAUCCAAAUUUCCAUCACGAUCUAGGUUUGGAUUCUCAUGGACACGAUCAUAUACAUUUACGUUUGUCAGAAACAGAAGAAAAUGAUCAAAUGACUCUAGGUUCUAUGCCACAUCGAAGAGCGCAAAAAAACACUGCUCACCACCAUGGUCAUUCGCAUGCAAAUGUAUCUCUAAACCCCCUGUUAGUUCUCAACAAGGACCAGAUGAGGAAUAAUCCGGGUGUUAGAAUUACUUGGAUUGGUCUAGCCAUUAACGUUGGAUUGGCCUUGGGGAAAUUCGCUGGUGGUAUUGCAUUCCAUUCGCAGGCAUUGGUGGCAGAUUCCGUACACGCGGUUAGUGAUAUGGUUUCUGAUCUUUUAACACUUUUCUCUGUGACGCUAGCAGAUAAUAGGUCUACCAAGGAUUAUCCCUUUGGUUAUGGUAAGAUUGAAACUGUUGGUUCUCUCGCGGUCUCCGCCAUUUUAACAACAGCAGGUCUGUCAAUUGGUUGGAGUUCCCUAUGUGCCAUUGUAGGUCCUAUUGUUCCUCAAAGUAUAUUGGAAACCUUAGGACAUUUCGUAGGUCACGGCCAUGGCCAUUCUCAUUCAGUGGCAAAUGAAGUGACCAAUGUGAACGCUGCAUGGAUAGCUGCAGGUUCCAUUGCCGUUAAGGAAUGGAUUUUCCAGGCGACUAAGAAAAUUGCUGUUCAAUCUAAUUCCAACGUUCUAAUGUCUAAUGCAUGGCACCAUCGUGUGGAUUCCUUGACUUCAUUAGUAGCCUUAGUUACUAUUUCUGGUGGUCAUUUCUUGGGUUUACAAUCUCUAGAUGCUGUUGGUGGACUAAUAGUUUCUGGUCUCGUCAUCAAAGCUGGUGGUGAAGGUAUGGUUGGUGCCGUGAAAGAACUAUGUGAUCAAUCUUUAUCACCCGAGGAUGCAAGAUAUGUGGAGGUCAAACUGGCCUUAGAGGAAGCAUUAUCGAAAUUGAUUUCAAAUAACAAUGCUGGUAGGCCGUACGGUAUCAAAUUUUUGACCAUCCUACCUUCAGGUCCAAAUUUAACCGCCAUGAGUACGUUGGAAGUUCCCUUACAGAAAUGGGGGAAUGUUUUAGGUAUUAGAGAAUUCGAAGUCGUCACUGAUCACAUACGUUGUGUGCUUUACAAGAAUCUACCACGGUUGAAAUAUUUGAAUAUAGAAUUCGUGGAAGAGGAACAAGAAUUGACUCAAGAUGAAUUAGAUAGAAUGGCUAAACCCCAGACUGAACUUCCUGAAUUAGAGCAUAAAUCUGAUGGAUCUAGACAAGGCCACACUCAUUCACAUUUUGGCAUGGGAGCCGGUCACACUCACAAUCACUGA